UUAGACGGAUCAUUGAUUCGUGAGGAAAGUGACGCGGGACUAGUCAAUACAUAACUAUUCUUUAUUUCUCCUCCGUCAAGAUGGAGUUUCAAGGGGCCCCAACAACAUGGUUCAACAAACGUUUGUUCUGGAUUAACAACCAGCGGAUGAGAUUUCACCUCGAUGGCUUCCACCAGGCCGAGAGCUACAAAAUAAUCAGGAUUGCCGAAGCUUAUGGGGCCGAAUGGUCAGAGGUUGGGGAGGAUGUGAUUAUUUUCUCAGAGCCACAUCGCUGCAGCGGAAUAUAUGAGAGUGUUUUUCACGUUAAAUACCUUUAUGAUUGCAUUUCAUCGAACUGUACUCAGGAGCUUUCAAAGUACUUACUCCUGAAGACGUCUAAAAAUCCAUCAGUCCUAGACAAAUACGGCGUAAUUACGCAAACACCUCUCCACAAGAUUAAUAAUGUCGGCCACAUAUCAACAGUUCAGAAAAAUAUUCCAACGAAAACGCAAUUGCUAAGGGACCGCCAUCCAGCUAAUCCCAUUAUCGCAAACCAAAUUAGCAACACAAUUACGAUAAAAGCAGAAGUGCAUUCAGAGGAAGAUUCCUUCGACAAAUCUACUGAAAGCCCCAGAUGCCUGGAGCUUGGCAAAAGGAAAAUGACAGUUGGAUGUUCCAACUGCAAGACCAUCUGGCCAUCUUUCUCCCUAAUACAUAUUUCGGAUUCUGCCGAUGACGGGCAGCCUCCAGAGAAACGCGACAGGUCACGUGAAGCUUCCCCGAGUCAUUCGGAAGUUGAAUCCCAGCCUAAAUGUUCUAAUCCUAAUUAUCAGUCACCAAAAUGUUUUGAAACCAAGGAACGAUGGUCUUCUUUCGAUAAAAAAAGGGGAUGUGCUAGGAUGAGAGUUUAUGUUAGUAGGAAGGCUCCUGGUAACAAUACUCCCCCAGGAUAUGCAUCAGGACAGUGUGAAGUUAAAGGACGUUAUGAUAGAGUUACGAGCAUCGAGAUGGUUGCUGAAUCCAUGAGCCCCAAUCCAUCUAGGUAAAGGCCUGCCCUCGAAGCCUGACGCGAGGAUAGACUCAACGCAAUAUUCAUGAAUAUGGUGUUGAACCAUAAAUAAACAUUCUAAUAAAGUUCUAAAAACUCAUUGAUAUUCGUUAUUUUUAUC